AGUCCUUCUAUCCCAGAGCAUGCCAUGGGGUGGGUCAGAGAAUCAUCCGUCUGCUUACAAGUGAAGGCAGACCAGCAAGGCACACAGUGCGUCUACCCCGAGCUUGCCGUGGUCCACCCGUCCCUUGUCAAGGCCGUUCCUCACCGGUGGGCUGGACAAGCUUCGCCCCGCAAUAGAUUAUGGUGCCGUGGAACUGGAUUUAAACUGGGCUCACCCCCUGGAGAUGCUCGGUUUCGCCCUAGGGGACCUCACCGUCACUUUACAACACCGCAGGAGGAAUCAGAUACAGAUCUCCAACCAACCGCAGGGAAGGAUUGUACACUAUGGGCGUGUAUGCGGGGAGGACAGAUUGAAACUCGCAGGGAAAGAAUAUUAUGAAUGGAGCGCAGCAGAUGAGACGUCUGCACAACGGAACGCUCGGCUCACUGCAGUCUGGGAACCACAGCAAGCUGAGAGAUCGUCAACUGAGAGGGGCAGCAACCAAAACCUAAUUCACGACAGGACCACACCGUUCAUGGGAAGAGGAUCCCUCUGUGUGACACCCCCGCCCUGGAGCUGUAAGGUAACACUCUGGACUCUGCUAGUGUCACUGCUGCUGCUGCUAUCGUUCAUGGCUACCACCGUGUCUUCGACUCCAAUCAUGGAAGGUCCACCCAAUGAGGAAAGCGACACCCUGGCAGUGCCUGACCCCAGGAGUACUGAAUUUGUGGUGGAGGAGGACAUAGAUGUGUCCAUUAAAACAACCUGGACGUCUAUUUAUGAAAAUGCAACCCUGGAAGGGCACAAUGACGACGAACUGAUGGGCGUCCGUCGCUUGGAGCGCUCCCCGGAAGCCUCAGCAAGGACGAAAAAGAACAAGAAGUCUGGCAACCGGGGGAAGGACAAGAACAGCGACGGGGAGAAGGGUUGCAGCCGCCAGAGCCUGAGGGUGCGCGUGCGGGACUUGGGCCUGGGCUUCGACUCCGAAGAAUGGAUCACGUUCUUCUACUGCAGCGGCUCGUGCCAGCAACACCGCAACAACUACGACGUCACCCUGACCUCCCUGCUCAAGCACAAGCGCAUCGCUCACAGCGCCCACGGACGGGUCAGCAACCACCCGUGCUGCCGGCCCACCAGCUACGAGAACGUGGCCUUCAUGGACGUCACCAACAACUGGCAGAUCGUGCCCAAGCUGUCGGCGGCGAACUGCAGCUGCGUGCGCUGAGCUUGGCUCUCGAGGGGGGCUGGUGAUAGAAGCGGGAGGAAUUCCUCGGAGCUCCUGGCACGGAACAAGAGGCGCAAGGGCACAAGAAGUGGCGCGGCCUGGUGGAGACGCGUUGCCGGUUGGAACGUGGCGUCUCACUGGACAAGGAAGGGAUAGAACAAUAGA